UGUUUGAAAAUUGUCUUGCUGAUGAGUCUUAUUAUUAUAAUAAUAUGAUUCUCUCAACUGCAUCUUUGUCAUUUUUCCCUUUCUUUUUGAAUGCUUGAAUUCAAAGAUAUGAUACUGCAUCCCGUUGACAUUAUUUAAAGCUGAAACUUGGAUUUGAGAUGUGUUUGAUUUGUGCCUGAGAGAGAAACAUGAGCAUUUCGAGAAGUUGGGAGGUCUUUUUCAGGUGGGUUUUGUGCGGAGGAUCUUUAAGUGCUUGAUGUUCUGUGUUUUUCUAAGGUCUCUUUCGGCAUCUUCCUCCUUCUCCUCGUUCUUUUUUGUUCCACACCUUUCAUUGCCUCAAGGAGCUUUUACCUUCCCCAUGUAUGGCUGGUGUUCUGUGAACAUGGCCUCUGAAAUCUCUCUCUCUCUCUCUCCGUCCUUAUUUUUAAGUUUUGUUUAUGGGUCUGUCACUCUGGCUUGUGUUCAGCGCGGAGAGGGAAGUGGGUCGGUCUUGUUUUGUUUUCUUGUAUUUGUUUUCGGUUUAAAGAUUCAUGAAAAUAGGGUUUCCUUUAUUGUAGAUGGGCCAGGUUAUGGUAAGUGUAAAAACUGAAGGGAAGAAGAGGGACCACUGGGAUCUGUCCUUCGGAUUGUUAUGUUGCUUCUUAUUUAUGAGGAGUUUUACUAAGAUCUGUGCCAUAGAUUGGAUGCUUUUGUAACCCAAAUCCCAUUGCUUUACUUUACUUGACUUACACUGUUCACCCUCACUUACUUCUGAAAGCAAGUUGAAAUCCCAAGCUUUCCAUCUGAGAUUCUGGGGUGUGUGAAUCCUCACUUUGUUUCUUUUAGAUCAACUAUCAUUUUUCUUUUUAUGUUAAAAGUUUUCAACGGAUACAAAAGGCGGAAAGGGGCUCUGUGAAUCAACUUUAAAAUACUUUCUGAGGGUAUGGUUGUGAAAUUCUGUCCUUUUAUUUCACAUGGAAACAACUUUUGACUUCCAUGAUGGGUAGGGAGGUGCCCCACUUUUUCUUUUACUCUGUUAUUUGCAUUUGAGGGCCCUAUCAAUGUGCAAAAGCCCUUUGGCUCCUUAUUUGGCCACUUCACCUUUUCCUUUGUGGUGACAAUCAUUCCUUCUCAAACUCUUGCGUUUACUUCUUUUCGCUCGGCCCUGAAAUUCAUGAAGUACAAAAUUUAACUGGUUAUUGAGUGAUUCUCGUGCACAAUGUUAUUGAAUGAUUCUCUUUUUGACAUUGAUUGCAAGGGUUUAUGAUGCUUGUUUGCACAUGGGCAUAGCAGUUUCUGGUAGCAGAAACCAAGGUUUCUGAGGAAAUUCCGUUUGUACUUUACCUGAUAAACGCCAAACCUCCUAAUCACAGGAUGCGUAACUCACCGGUUGUGCAAUCUGCUCUGACCCGAAAUGAUGCUCUUUCUAAACCAUCGCAUUCUGGCAACAGUUGUUGCAAUUCAGAAAUAAAUCUACAUAAUGCUGAUGAAAUUUGGAGCAAUAACUCGUCCUUAGAGGAGAGGAAUCUUGGAAAUAAGAUUGGAAGUCCUGGAUCCUGCGCUAAAAGCAACAAUGCUUAUUCUUUCAGGAUUCAGCUUGAACAGGAUGUAAAAAGAUUACGACAGCAAUUGCAAGAAGAGAUGGAACUGCAUGCUAUCCUGGAAAAGGCUCUUCAGAAGAAUGGUUCGAAAUUCUUAAGUCCACAUCUCCCUCACCAGGCUCAAGACCUUCUAUCUAAUAUUGCAUUGUUGGAGGCCACGGUUUCAAAACUUGAACAUGAGAUGGUCUCUUUGCAUUUUCAACUUAGUCAAGAGAGAAAUGAACGGAAGCUUGCAGAAUAUCGUUUGAGGCAUUCAUCUUCUCAGUCAAUAUCUCAUUGGUCCUCUGACAUUAUGGAUACAUCGAACUCACCUUCUUUGAGGUGUUCAAAGGUUUCUCUUUCUGAAGUGGGCGAUUCCUUCGAAGAUAACUCCUGUCUGGAGCAGAGAGAUCAACCAUUAGAAUCUACUGACAGAUGUACAGAAUCCCUGAUAGAGAAUUCAGUGGGCUCAGUUGCACCUUUCCCUGACAAAAAAAUGUCCAUGAAGAUGGAUUCCAAAUCUUGUGAAUUUGUAGAGUUCAGGAAGCUUCCUAAAGGGAUGCCACCGAACGGCCUUUGGGAUCACCCUAAUCAAUUAUCUGAAGAGAUGGUGCGAUGUAUGAAAAACAUAUUCAUGUCCCUGGCAGAUUCUACUAUACCAUCAAAAUCAUCUGUAUCAGAGAGCCACUGCUCACCUGUGUCACCACGUGGAAUGUCGCCACGUGGCCAUCUUUCAAGUUCAUCUUGGUGGUCCUCAUCUGAAAGGUCAAUGAUUUCAUCAUGGGUGCAGAGCCCACAAGUUGAUAUAGAAAGUAACUCUGAGGUGUUGGCUUCAGAGAAUGCCUGCGAUCCCUACAGGGUUCGGGGAAAAUUAAGUUGGGCCGACAUUGGAAACUAUGGAUUAGCAACUGAAGUUUCUUGGAUGUCAGUUGGGAAGAAGCAACUAGAAUAUGCUGCAGGGGCACUGAGAAGGUUCAGGACACUUGUUGAACAACUGGCCAAAGUGAAUCCUAUCCAUUUGAGCUGCAACGAGAAGCUUGCAUUCUGGAUCAACUUAUAUAAUGCUCUGAUCAUGCAUGCUUAUUUGGCAUAUGGAGUCCCAAGAAGUGACUUGAAGCUCUUCUCUUUGAUGCAAAAGGCUGCAUACACUGUUGGGGGACAUUCUUUCAGUGCAACUGCAAUAGAGUAUGUGAUUCUGAAAAUGAAACCACCACUCCAUCGGCCACAAAUUGCUUUGCUUCUUGCCCUUCACAAGUUGAAGGUAUCAGAGGAGCAGCGGAAGUCUGCAGUUGAUAUGUACGAACCACUUGUAGCUUUUGCUCUCAGCUGCGGAAUGUACUCUUCGCCGGCGGUGAGAAUCUACACUGCUAAGAAUGUGAGAGAAGAACUUCAAGAAGCGCAGCAUGAUUUUAUUCGAGCCUCAGUUGGGCUUAGCAGCAAAGGGAGGUUAUUGGUCCCCAAAAUGCUACACUGCUUUGCCAAAAGCUUUGUGGAUGAUGCAAAUUUGGCUGUAUGGAUAUUGCAUUACCUUCCGCCUCAUCAGGCCACCUUUGUUGAACAAUGCAUUUCACAGAGGAGGCAGAGCCUUCUUGGUUCACGCAACUGUGGCAUUCUUCCGUUCGACUCACGCUUCCGUUACCUAUUCCUGCCUGACAAAAUUCCGCUGUGAUAAUGUGUUAGCAUUGUGCAUCCAGAUAUACCUUGCUUGCCUUGGUCUGGGCAGGCCAAUACAAAAAUAAUGUUGGUUUUACACGAUGCUAGGGUUGCAUCUCUAGUGUGAAGCUUAGCCUCCUUAAGAAUAACAAGGAUGGUAGAAGUUUUGGUCUUAUGCCUUAUGGACCAGCUAUAUCCCCCACGGCUGUUGUACAUUUUGUUGAUGGAUAAAGCGAUUCCAUACAGUGCUUGUUGUACAGUGCUUAAGAAUAAUCUGUUUCCUGGACCGCUGAUUUUGCAGAACUAAUUUAGUUGCUCAUGUUGCACAUUGUCAAGAUUAAGCAAAGCUUGUAGGGAAAAUUAUUUAUGAAGUUCUUGUAUAUAAACAAAAUCAAGGAUAUCUAGCACGCAGCUACACUUUUGGUCUUUCAA